AUGUCGUUCCCGACCAGAUCACUUUCGACUAGACUUCCAGGCGCAGGGUCACAGAAUGCCUCGUCAGCCGGCCCGUCACCUAUACUGGUUGCACGCAUUGCCGAAAAGAAGGCGGAGCUAGAACACCUCAAGGAGCUGCGCGAUUUGAGUGCAGCAGUCGCCGGUCAGAUGGAAGCUUUGGAACAAAAGUUAUCUACGUUGUCGGAUGGCACGGAAGCCAAACUCGCAAAACCGCAGGCAGAUGAGCCCUCUGAGUCUGAAGACCGCAGCAUGGCUCUCCCUCAGACUUUGGUUCGCAUCCCAACCGAACAUGCCCCGACGUUGCAGGCGCAGGCCGAGAAUGUGACAGAGAAUUUGGAGAACACAUCAACAAUAUCAUGA